CCGCCCCUCUUAUAAACGCCGUGACUUGAAAACCCUACUUCUCAAUCCAAAGGCCUUCCUCCCUCUGCCUCUCUGCUCAACUCUGUGUAUCUCCUCUUUACCCCAAGAUGGGUGCUUACAAGUACGUAUCAGAGAUGUGGAGGAAGAAACAAUCAGAUGUUAUGAGGUUUUUGCAGAGGGUGAGGUGCUGGGAAUAUCGCCAACUACCCUCCAUUGUUCGUGUAACCAGGCCUACUCGUCCGGAUAAAGCUCGAAGACUUGGAUACAAAGCUAAGCAAGGGUAUGUGAUAUACCGUGUCAGGGUCAGGCGUGGUGGGCGUAAAAGGCCGGUCCCCAAGGGUAUUGUGUAUGGGAAGCCCAAGAACCAAGGUAUCACCCAACUCAAAUUCCAGCGCAACAAGAGAUCGGUGGCAGAAGAACGUGCGGGUCGUAAACUUGGUGGCCUGAAGGUGUUGAACUCUUAUUGGAUUAACCAGGAUUCAACUUAUAAAUAUUAUGAAAUAAUACUAGUUGAUGCAGCGCACAAUGCCAUUAGAAAUGAUCCUAGGAUAAACUGGAUUACCAAACCUGUUCACAAGCACAGAGAGCUUCGAGGAUUGACAUCAGCUGGGAAGAAGUACAGGGGUCUCCGUGGAAAGGGCCACUUGCACCACAAGGCCCGACCUUCUCGUCGUGCCACUUGGAAGAGAAAUAACACUUUGUCUUUGCGUCGAUACCGCUAGGUCUGAUAAAGUUUUUUUUUUUUUGAACCUAUCGCUAGGUCUGAUGAAGUUGUUCUCAGUCUCUCUCUUCCUAUCUCUCUCAAUUUUUUUUUUUUGAACCUAUCGCUAGUUCUGAUGAAGUUGUUCUCUCUCUUUCUCUCUACCUAUCUCUCUCGCUAAAUUUUAUUAUGAGAUGAUUGAGUUGCCAAACUUGGGUUUGGCCUUAAUUUGGGGAAGUUGUUCUUGGUCUUUGUCUACAAUUUUAUGAGAUGAUUGAGUUGCCAAACUUGCGUUUGGCCUUAAUUUGGGGAAGUUGUUCUUGGUCUUUGUCUAAAAUUUUUGAGUUCCAAACGAAUUUUGCUUGUGAGAUAACCGAGUUGCCAAACUUGGCUUCGGCCUUAAUUGUAUCAUCUUGACUUUUGCA